GCAAUUUGUAAUUGAAGUUUCAACACGUCAAUAUGACUAAACGAGUACUGUUAAUAUUCUGUGUCUUGUAUUUGGCCUUAGGCCUUAGAGAAGGAGAAGCUCAAAGGCCUAGACCACAACCACGUAUUGUGGGUGGCCUUACUGCCUUCAAAGGCUCAUUUCCCUAUCAGGUAUCGGUGCAAUUGAAUGGAGGCCAUAUUUGUGGAGGCUCCAUAAUAUCGAAGGAUUAUGUGUUGACAGCCGCCCAUUGUGUCUACGAAGGGCAAUCAGAUGAACUGGUUCCCAUUUCUCAACUCUACAUACGAGCUGGUAGUAUUUUCUCUAACUUUGGUGGUCAACGCAGGGGUGUUUCCGAAAUAAAAGCCCAUCCUAGCUACAAUUAUCCCAUCGAUGAUAUUGCUUUGUUGAAAUUAGCCCAACCAUUGAAAUUGAACAAAGAGGUGGCAGCCAUUGACUUGGCCACAGAGGAACCAACUUCAGGCUCUGAACUUACCAUCUCCGGUUGGGGUCGCCUCAGCGAAGGUGGAUCUAUGCCCCGAGUUUUGCAACACACCACAUUAUUGGGUUUAUCCAACGAGGAUUGCCGCAAAACGGUACCCAUACCCGGCCAUGUGAUAUGUGUUCUGCAUGGCGUCCGCCAAGGCAUGUGUGAUGGCGAUUCUGGUGGUCCUGCAGUGCUUGAUAAAAAAUUGGUUGGUGUGGCCAACUUUGUUGAUGGCCAAUGUGGAACUUCGGGACCCGAUGGAUAUGCCAGUGUUCCAUACUAUCGUGAUUGGAUUCUUAAGAAUUCAAGUGAUUAAAUGAGGAAUCUCUAUUGAUAAUUUUUAUGUGUAGCAAAAUAAAGUUCCUUAACGUGUUUAGAGCGUUACAAAUCGAAAAAGUUU